CUGGCUCCUCCAGUCCUGUCUCCACGGCUGCCAGCAGGCAGAUCAUGAACCAUCAGCUCCUCUGGGGCAGUCUGUAGGACAACAGAACUCUCACCAAAGGACCAAGCAGAGUGGGCACCAUGGGACAGUGCCGGUCAGCCAACGCUGAGGAUGCCCAGGAGUUCAGUGACGUGGAAAAGGCCAUUGAGACGCUCAUCAAGAACUUCCACCAGUACUCAGUGGAGGGUGGGAAGGAGACACUGACUCCGUCCGAGCUCCGGGACCUGGUCACCCAGCAGUUACCCCACCUCAUGCCGAGCAACUGUGGGCUUGAAGAGAAGAUCGCCAACCUGGGCAACUGUAAUGACGCUAAACUGGAGUUUGGGAGUUUCUGGGAGCUGAUCGGGGAAGCUGCCAAGAGUGUGAAGCAGGAGAGUCCAGUGCCGGGAAGUUGAGGGUCUCCCCAUUCAGGGCUUGGAGGAGGGAGGGUGCUGGGACAGGGGAUAUUGAGACUGUGAGCCUGGGAAUCAAACUUCUCUCCCUGCCCCACA